UUCCGGCAAAACUUGCUAAGGUCGUCAAGAAUUGUAUUGUUAGCUUGGCAGCUAACUGAAGUUUUUUGUCAAAAUAUCAACCUUAUUCUUCAUUUCAGGUGAUAAAAAUUAUGUCUACGUGUCAUAACCCCCUACAAUGCAAAAUUGGUCCCUCUAUACUUAACUCUGAUUUAUCAAUGCUACAUGAUGAAUGUGAAAAACUUCUGAUGUCUGGUGCGGAUUACCUUCAUUUGGAUGUGAUGGAUGGGCAAUUUGUACCAAAUAUUACUUUUGGAGCCCCAGUGGUUAAGUGUCUUCGAUCAAAAAUAGAAAAAGCUUUUUUUGACAUGCACAUGAUGGUUAUAACCCCUGAACGGUGGAUCAACGAUAUGGCUGAUGCUGGUGCAAAUCAGUACACAUUCCAUGUGGAAGCGACUAACCAACAUGAACUUGUUAUUCGUAAAAUUAAAGAGUCUGGUAUGAAAGUAGGAAUUGGGGUAAAACCAAAUACUGAUAUAUCAACCGUGCUUCCUUACAUGGAUGAUGUUGACAUGGUUUUAGUGAUGACAGUGGAACCUGGCUUUGGAGGACAAAAGUUCAUGACAGACAUGAUGCCUAAAGUUGAACUUAUCAGAAAGACCUUUCCUUAUAUGGACAUUGAAGUAGAUGGUGGUGUGGGCCCAGCAAAUAUAGAUAUAGCUGCUAAAGCUGGUGCUAAUAUGAUAGUGUCUGGAACAGCAGUUGUUAAAAAUCCUAAUCCAAGGGAAGUUAUUAGCGAAUUAAGAAGCAAUGUUGAAAGGUAUAUUAAAUUGUAAUGUAUAUAAACCUUGUGUAAAUCACAAGCAACUUUUUGUAAUUUUUUUUUGAAAAUUAGCCUUCUUUUUAACUAUCUUUUCUUUUUACAUUUGUAGGUUAUAUUUGAUAGGAUGUAGGUUGUCAUAAGUCCUGGACCAACAGUUUUUUUUCAUAAGAUCAAGCAAUAUUAGUUACAUAUACCUUAAACGAAAAAGUAGCCCUAAAGCAAUUUUUUUUAUUCAAAAAUCAAAUUGUGAAUGGGCCUGUACUUAUUUCAUUAUCAAUUUUAUAUCCUUAUUUAUUUUCCCUGAAUUUAUCAGUUGUUCAUAUAGUUCUGUUAUGUUAGAUUAUUGAUGUUUUACCGUCAGAAUGAAUUAUCUAUUGUAAUAAAUAGACCACCAAAAGAGGUUUUUUAAUAUGUACGUGUAGUUGGUGCGUUGUCUAAACCAUAAAAUUCAAAACUUUGACAAGUAAGAAGACUAAUAAAAACAUUUUUUUUAAAUCUUUUGUAUUUUUAUAAGCAUUUAAGAGUUUAGAGCUUAGCCAUACUAAUAUUUUUUUAAAGAAACUGUUCUUGCAAAUGUUAGCAAUGUUCAAUUUUUUAUUUUUUAUGUGCUACCAUUGUACUACAUUAUGUGACUGCAUACAAACAAAAUUUUCUUUAUGUACACACAACACACGCUUGUUUGUGCUUGUUUUAAAAAUGUUUAUAUAUUUACAAAAUAAUUGAUGGCUCAAUAGAAGCAAAUAUUUGCUGAUGAUUAGUGCACGUGCCAUAUAUCUCUCUUUAUAAAUUUUUUAAUCACGUUGUUUGUAAGGAGUAUCUUAUGAAACUAAUAUUUGAUAGGUCUAAAAUUUACGAAAAGUGGAAAGCAAUCUAAGAAUUUUUUGUUUAACGCCUUUUUUAACUUUUGCAUUUUGUAGCUCUUCAGUUUGAUUGAUUUAAAGUAACUCAUCGCGAAAUUUAAACUUGCGCAAAAAAAUUAUAAAUUACGGUAUUCUUUUUCUUUUUCAAGGCUCGUAGCACAUCAAAGUGAUAGCUUAGUUAUCAAUUCUUAAGUUCUUAUAAUAAGAAACGUCCCAAUAGAAAAGAGAGUAAGACCUUUUUCGCAAACUCGGCGUUUUUAUGCGAUGAGUUAUCCUGUAACUUAUACUAUGGAAGGACAAAUAGAAUUUUGUAAUUAUUUUGUAUUUAUUUUCUUACCUGAACAUUGUACUGAAUCCAAACGAAACAAAACAACGCCAACA